CAUGGACGUGAGCGCCGAGGAGUUCGAGCAGAUCUUGCCCAUGCUGCAGGAGCUGGUUCUCGGGGCUGACUUCGUGGCACUGGACAUAGAGUUCACGGGCCUGCGCUCCAACUUGCCCGGACCCCAGCAGAUCAGCCUGUUUGACCUGCCCUCCGAGUGGUAUCUAAAGACCAGGCUGAGUGUCCAGCAAUUCACAAUCUGCCAGAUUGGGCUGUCCGUGUUCUCCAGGGUCAAAGGCGAGUACAACAAGUAUGUCUCCCAUUCAUGUAACUUCUUCCUCUUCCCGACAACGUUUGGGAUUUUGGAUUCAGAAUUCUCUUUCCAGGCGUCUAGCGUUCAGUUUUUGAAUCAGUACGGCUUCGACUAUAACAAGUUUCUCAAGAAUGGCAUCCCGUAUAUGAACGAGGAACAAGAGAGGAAGAUGAAACACAGUAUCCUGAGUGGGAGCUGGAGAGUCCGAAGUUCUUUGGACAAAGACCAGAUCAAGUUGGUGAUUGACAGAGUGACGCAGUGGCUGGACCUGGCCGAGGAAGGGGACUCUAUGACUCUCUCCGGCAUCACUGGGUUUCAGGCCUUUGAAGUCCAGUUGGUGCUGCAUCAAGCGCUCCCUAACAUCUGGACGGUGUUCAGGGACCAAGAAGUGACGGUGAAGAAAGUGAACACGCAGCAGCGCUGGUACCUCGAGAACACCCCUUGUGAGCAAGGGAACUGCUGGAAGGAAAAGCUUCUCCUCUCUGCACGGGGCUUUACCGUCUUCUUCCAGAUGCUGGUGAAGGCCCGGAAGCCUUUAGUGGGACACAACAUGAUGAUGGAUCUGCUGCAUCUUCACGAGAAGUUCUUCAGGCCUCUCCCAGAAAGUUACGAGCAGUUUAAGCAGAACAUCCACCACCUGUUCCCUCUUCUCCUUGACACCAAGAACGUCACCAAGGAUCUCUGGAAGGAACUGAAUUUCCCAAGGGUUUCGAAUCUUUCAGAAGUCUAUGACGUCCUUAACAGCGACUGCAAUCCCACGAGGAAUUCCGGCCCCGUGAUUGUUCACUCGAGGAAGUGUACAAAGUACGUCGAGACCAAGUAUCCCCAUGAAGCUGCCUACGACGCCUUCCUCUGUGGCUCAGUGCUUUUGAAAGUGGCUCAUUUGCUCCUACAGAGAGCCUAUGGCGAUUCCACCCCAGCACCCUCCUUCCCCCUGUACCUGGAAGUGCUGACCCCUUACGUCAACCAAGUGAAUCUUAUCCGAGCCGGGGUCCCUAAAAUCAAUUUUUCUGGUCCGGACCAUCCCAGUAUCCGACCGCCGAUCCUCAUGCUCUGUGUCAAGAGGUGGCCGGGGGUCAACGAGCAGCAGAUCUACUGGGAGUUUCAGACCCUCUGCAAGUUCGACGUGAGGCGCUUCACGCGGAACAAGUUCCUGCUCCUGACCAACAAGUUUAAGGAUGCUCGGAGCAUCUUGAAGGAAUACCGACAUCAUCCCGACCUCAAGGUGUCCCUGUAUCGGCACUGGAGACACUCACCAAACAUCAACUGCUUACUGCACUGGGCUGAGGAUCUGUGGCAUCAUCACCACGUGGGCCGUGGUGGCCUUUCUGCUCGGUAGACCCAGAGCCUGAUGACAGCAUGGUCCCCCACCACCGCCGAUUUGUGUCAUCCUGAUCCAGUCUGCAGAUGGCGUGGUACUGCAGGGCUUCCUGCUUCGAACUCCCAACUCUGUACAUAGUCUCAAUGUAAAGAAGGCCCGGGGGGCCUGCUGUGGUGCCUGUGAUCCAGCCAGCAGCAGUCUUCUUCCUCUGAGUGACUCGGGUGAAGUCCCUGCCUCUGGGGAGCCGAGCCCAGCCGGCCCUCCAGGGUGCCUUCUGAAGGGCUGGUUCUGGACACCAAAUGAGAACAAGCAAAUGACGUCAAGGAGAGAAAAUAGGGCCAAGAGGCCAAGGGGAAUUCCUGAGACGUAGCCUUAGGUUUAGUAAAGGGAAAAAAGUGAAGUUUGGGAGAGUCCCCAUCCUGUGUGUGGGUGACGUUUUGAGGAGUACAGGCAACAGCCCCUAGGGCUCACAGCGCCUCUGCCCCUGUGGCAGGGCAGACGGCCGGUGCCAGGGGGAUUGAGGAGAGAAAUGGAGCAGCUCAGAGUGUUCACGUUUGGGCGACGUGUUAGGGUAACCGAAAAGGACAGGAGAAGUCAUGCAGGGGAGCUUUGGAAUGGGAGACUCAGAAGAGGCGUGGAGAACCCUUUCAGGAGCCUGAGGGUUUAGACUAGAUUCUUGGCGGGACUCGGAGAGCCACGCAAAUUCAAAGCUGUGCCAUGGGGCGCCAUCUUUGGGCCGGGCAGCCCUGUUGCCAAGGUUGGGCAACUUGCCCUCUCUUUGAAGUGCUUAAGCCAACCUCUGCUGCCACUCCACAAAUUCCCCACCACAGCCACUGCCACUGGCUGCACGCGCCGCCGUGAAACCGCCGCCGAGCCUCUUCUCCUUCCCACUGCCUGCACCUGCUCUGCCGACCAGUUCCCAAGAGAGCGGGGACUAGACCUCAUCUGUCACCUGGAGACUGCCUGUCUUGUAAAACAAAGCUGUUUAUUUGGGAGGGGGGUGAAUUAUACCAGAGUGCAGCCCA